ACGUUUUCAUUACAAUAAUAUUAAAAAAAAAAAAAAAAAAGAGAAGUUUGAAUCGAAAAGUAGCGUUGAUAAUGGCGUCCAAUUGUAUCGAUCCGCCAUAGCCAAGUGGUCCUUGACAUCCUCAAUUCAAUUCAAAAUCACAUGUGUGCACUCUUUCCUUCAUUCCAAGUUUAAUAAACCCUAACAAUUCACAAUCCACCAAUCAAUCAAUCGAUCAAUUCCUCUUAUUAUUCGUCAACUCAACACUCUUCAACCAAAUCAACACAAUUCACAGGUUACGAACACAUCAGAUUCAUUGAUUCGAUUUCGAGGAAGAGAAAGCUAUAGAUAAACUGUUGCUGUGUUAAAUUUUUGGGAGGAAAACAGGUUUCUGUGAAUUUGUAACGGAUCCGGUGGAACAGCUUAUGAUUGGUUUCGUUUGCGGCGAUUGAAGAUCUGUGUUUGCAUCAACAUGGUUUUUUAGUGGAAUCGAUCGUAUAAACUGAAACGAAAAGAAUGUUGAGGUAAAUGCAUUAAAUCUGAUGCAACUGGAUUUGAUGCUGCAGCUAUGACAAGUGAGCUUGAGCAAGAUUCGAGUUCUGCAAUCGUAAACAAUCGGUUAGUGGCGGGCAAGAGUUCAAAUAACAAUAUUUCUCUAAGAACGGGCGAGGAAUUUUCCCUUGAGUUUCUUCAGGAUCGUGGUACGAGAAGAAUUCCAAAUGGACACGAUAUGGACCCGAACCACGGGCUGAUAGUUGGAUCAAAAAGUGAUGUCAACGGUCAGCUCGGUUACAACGAAAUUAGCGGUAUGAUCGGGUUGGAAAGGAGGGAUUUUGUAAGUAAUUCAAAUACACCUGAUAUCAUUUCAAUGGCAAGUGCACCAGUAAUCGGUUCAAUUCCAUCUAUACCCCACCGAGUGUCAAACGAUUCUCAACGAGAAAAGAUAAAGUUUCUUUGCAGUUCGGGUGGUAAAAUUUUGCCGAGACCUGGUGACGGGAAACUGAGAUAUGUCGGAGGUGAGACACAUAUAUUUUCGGUACAGAAAAAUAUGUCGUUUGAUGAAUUUUUUAAGCGAGUGAGUGAAUAUUGCAAUCAGCCUCACACGAUUAAGUACCAGCUUCCUGGAGAAGAUCUUGACGCUCUUAUAUCUGUGGCAUCUAAUGAGGAUUUUCAGAAUAUGAUUGAAGAGUAUAAUGGGCUCGGAAGUCGUGAUGGUUCUUCACGACUUCGGAUAUUUUUGAUUCCUUUGACUGAAUCUGAAUGUACGAUCACCGUUGAAGCUGAUGCUAAUAUACAGACGAAUCCAGAGUACCAAUAUGUCGCUGCUGUUAACGGAAUCGUUGAUGAUAUUUUGAUUAGAAACAAUGAUGCACCGUUUUUUACAGACGGAAUGAGUCAGUUGAAAUCUAGUUUUGACCAAAAUACAAAUGCCACUUCAUCUCUUCUCGUUUCACCUGUUCUAGUGCCGCAAGAUGAUGUUAUUAAUGGUCACACACAAGUGUACAAUGACUCGUUAUCUGAUAGUAUAGAGAUCCCGAUACUCAAGGGCCGUGCUUUUCAUUCUGAAAACCGUAUUUUAAUCCCUCCUGAUCCGGUGAAUCCAUUUGUGGGACACGAUGGAUCUCAGUUGGGUAUCCCGCAUGCAUUUUCUGACCCGCAACUUCAAGAACGUGGAUCAACCUCUGAAUUUGGAUCUCAAGAUGGAUCAAAUUUUCCUUCUAUGUUGAACUUUGCACCACCACCGCUACCUGCACAGCUGGCUUCUUCUUUCUUGCAGGGGAAGUCUUUUGAACAGUAUGAUAAUAAUAAUAAUAAUAUUCAUCCACAAGUACCAUUUGAGAUGCCGAAAGUAAAUCCUUUUGUUAAUAAUUCAAGGGUCAAUCAUGAGCAGAUACCUGUUCUUGUACCCGACACACCACUGUAUGAACUGCAUGACCCAAACGUUGUCCCUACAUCAAUAACAAAUAACCCAAAUCCUAUAUCAAAUGCAGGGAUGCAGCCUGUUUUAAGUAAUAACAGACAACAACCUGUUGAACAUCAGCAGCAGGUUUAUACUGGAACCGAUAUCAUGGGAAUUACAAGUAUGGUUCCCGGUCAGAAUAACAUAUCUGAUGCUGACAGAUCAUUGAAUGAUCUUCUUUCUCAUUUGUCUGACGGUUUAAGAUCCGAUGUACCUGCUGUACAACUACCACGUUCACAUCAGAAUGCUAAUGGUGUCAUGCUGGAGUCAAUGAUGCAUGAUGUUCCACUGAUGCAGAUACCGACAACAGGUGCUGAAGUCAGGAGAGAAGUGAAAUUCAUUGAUGAAAACUUCAGUCACACCAAACAGAAAGCUGCUCACUUGGGUCAUGAAGAACAUCGUAGUAUGACACAAAAGGAACAAAAGCAAAUGGAUACCGAUGCUAUAUCUCAUUCACAGAUGAUGGGUGAUGUCAGCAGUGACACUCUCCCCUCAAAUGCAACAGAAGCUGGACACGCUAUCUCAGAUUCUAGUAUUGUGGAUGCUGCAACAGAAAAUGAAGGUAAGGAUGGCCCAUUCAGUAAUGCAUUAAUAGCUGAAAUGGAAGCUGAUAUGUAUGGUCUCCAGAUAAUAAAGAAUGCGGAACUUGAAGAAUUAAGAGAAUUGGGCUCUGGGACAUAUGGAACUGUUUAUCAUGGUAGAUGGCGAGGGUCAGAUGUUGCCAUUAAGCGGAUUAAAAAAAGCUGCUUUUCUGGGAGAUCAUCGGAACAAGAACGAUUGACUAAUGACUUCUGGAGAGAAGCUCAAAUCCUUUCAAAUCUUCAUCAUCCAAACGUGGUUGCGUUUUACGGGGUUGUACCAGAUGGAGCCGGUGGGACGUUGGCUACUGUUACGGAAUUCAUGACUCAUGGAUCUCUUAGGAAUGUCCUGAUAAAAAAGGACAGAUCACUUGAUCGUCGUAGAAAGCUUAUAAUAGCCAUGGACGCAGCCUUCGGAAUGGAAUAUCUGCAUUUGAAAAAUAUCGUCCAUUUUGAUCUAAAGUGUGAUAACUUGCUUGUUAACAUGCGGGACCCACAACGACCCAUCUGCAAGGUUGGAGAUUUUGGGCUGUCGAGGAUCAAACGGAACACUCUAGUUUCCGGUGGCGUUAGAGGGACAUUACCAUGGAUGGCACCAGAAUUGUUAAAUGGUAGCACUACCAAAGUUUCUGAAAAAGUUGAUGUGUUCUCUUUUGGCAUUACAAUGUGGGAGAUUCUAACCGGGGAUGAACCUUAUGCAAACAUGCAUUGUGGUGCAAUCAUCGGAGGAAUCGUGAAGGACACCCUUCGGCCGACAAUACCUGAAAAGUGUGAUCCCGAGUGGAGGAAAUUGAUGGAGCAAUGCUGGUCAGCGGACCCCACGACACGACCUUCUUUCACUGAGAUAACAAACAGGUUAAGAUCAAUGGCCAAAGCACUUCAAGCAAACGGAAACAAAAAAGGUCAACACGCAUAACUUAACAGGUUUCGUGUUUAUAUCGUGUCUUUGUAAGCGUGUUCUUAUUUUCCUGUUUUACAUGUAUGUGUCAUUUGUUCAUUCUUUUUACUGAAAAACUGUUCGUGUUGAUAGGAUAGUAGCUUGAAAGGGUAUUUAUGUAAUUUACGCCAACCAUACACAACAAUAGACAGAUAUGGUUAUUUUGUUUGCAUUUGUGUAUUAUUGAAUGAGGUAAAAUUCAAUAUGUAAGUUGCAAAA